AUGUUUACAAUGAAGUCAUCAUCAUAUUUAUUACAUUCCACAAAUUCACGAGUGUCUUCUCCUCGUUGUCAAUUUCUAUGGCCAUAUACGAAUGGUGCAAACGAAAGUCAUGUUACAUUAGAAUAUAUUACUGAUGGUGAAAGGAUUGAAAUUGAAUGCUCAGCUGCUGAAUAUGAUGCCAAAAAUUUGAUGUUUUUUAAGGAUCAAGUGGAAAUCACCACAGCUGCACUAAUUAGAGGAAAAACAAAAAUCCUAAAAAUCAAUCAGUUUGAUGGGGGCAAGCACGCUGGGAUAUAUCAGUGCGUAAUGCCGGCAUCUAAUGAAGCUCUUGAAUCAACUUUAAUGCUUAAGCGCUAUAAUCCGCUUGUUAGCUCGCCUCACGUAAAAGAAUGUGAAGAGAAUAUGUGUCGCAAUGGUGGUAAAUGCUUUGUUCCUUUUACAGGUGACAAGGCACCCUUUUGUCUAUGUCCACCUGAAUAUGCUGGUCAAUACUGUGAAAGUCAUGCAAUCUCAUCCUACACAGUGCAAAGUCCACAAGCUGGAAUACUUAUUUGGUCUCUCGCUUUGACUGUUUUAUCAAUGCUUUUACUUAUUUUCCUGUUAUUGUUUUUCAUUCAUCGCUAUAGCAAUGAACGAAGUAAGCGUAAAAUGUAUCAAAAUCAGUAUGGGAAAUUACCAGAUUUUAAGAAUAGUGGAGCUAAACAAAGCGAAAUUACGGCAAGUUUCCUACCUCUUUUUCUUAGUUUAAAUUCUGAAAUGUUUGAUUAUGAAUUAGUAGACAUGAGUUCUACUACAAUCAACGUUCAGCCGCACUCAAAAACUGAUAAUUUCAAACUUAUAUGUGAAUCAACUGACGAACUUGAAGACUUUGAAAACCUCGAUGUUCCUUCAGCUCAGAACGGUAAAAAUUCACAUCAGUCAGCGGAAAAGUCAUCCAGUUCUUACUGCGGACUCUCAGGUUUUAGAGAACGAUUAAAUGGCACUUCAACAUUUACUACAUUAUAG